AUGGGAACCAAGGGAAUUCGUACCGCUGUCAAGGUUGACUUGAACAAGCCUGCCUCGGAACAAGCAGGUUUACACAAUCGAUGGCAUCCGGAUGUUCCCUCGUGUGGAAAAAUCGCAAACAAUGAAGUUGUCAAGAUCGAAUGCCUAGACUGGACGGGAGGCCAGAUUAAGAAUAAUGACUCUGCUGACGACGUGAAGAAUGUCGAUCUGACAGAAAUUCAUUAUCUAUCCGGCCCAUUUGAUAUCGAGACCGCGGAGCCUGGCGAUGUACUUCUGGUUGAAAUCCAGGACGUUCAGCCUUUUGAAGACCAGCCCUGGGGGUUCAGUGGCGUCUUUAGUGCCGAUAACGGGGGUGGCUUCUUGGAUGAAUUCUAUCCUAAGGCGGCGAAAGCAAUCUGGGAUUUCGAGGGAAUCUUCUGUUCCUCCCGCCAUAUUCCACACGUGCGCUUUGCAGGCCUCAUCCAUCCCGGAAUCUUGGGAUGUGCACCUUCUGCAGAGGUCCUGGCGGAGUGGAACCGCCGUGAGGGCGAGCUGAUUGCGACGAACACUAUCGAACGUGAUGUCGCGAAGCCCCCUGAACCAAAGAAUGCGCACUCCGGCAAUGCGGAUGAGACCCUGAAGGAGAAAAUUGCGAGAGAGGGGGCCCGGACAAUCCCGAAGGGCCGUCCCGAAAACGGAGGAAAUUGUGAUAUAAAGAAUCUCUCUCGAGGCUCCAAGGUCUAUCUCCCUGUCCACGUCCCUGGAGCCAAGUUCUCCGUCGGCGAUCUACAUUUCUCGCAAGGGGACGGUGAGAUAUCCUUCUGCGGCGCUAUCGAAAUGGCCGGAGUUAUCACCAUCAAGUUCACCGUGAUCAAAGACGGCAUGGCCAAAAUGGCAAUGAAGUCUCCCAUCUUCCACCCUGGACCUGUUGAGCCGCAGUUUGGCCCUGGUCGGUACUUGACUUUUGAAGGAUUCUCGGUCGACCAUCAUGGCAAGCAACACUACCUGGAUGCCACAGUCGCAUACCGAGAAACUUGUCUUAGGGUGAUCGAGUACCUUCGUCGAUAUGGCUAUAAUGACUAUCAGAUAUACAUGCUGCUCAGCUGCGCCCCGGUUCAGGGCCAUAUUGCUGGAUUAGUGGAUAUUCCCAAUGCUUGUACAACUAUGGGAGUGCCAAUGGAUAUUUUUGAUUUUGAUAUCCGACCUGAGGCAGAGGUUGUUAAGAAAGAUAUGGGAACAUGCGCAUUCGAAAGUUCAUGA